UUGUUUCUGGUCACUCCAACACGGUGUCCUCCUGCCAGGGACAUUGCUGUGACUACAUCAGAAACCCCCCACCCCAGGAGAGGCUGAGACCCCUCCCACGCCCUGCCCCCUCCUCAGGAUGGCCGUGGGGCCCAGCUGCCCGCCCUACCCUGCACUCCACCUGCUGCUGCUCCUGCUGGCUCUGCCCCUCAGGGCCCAGGCCGGCACCGGCUGCUACGGAAUCCCAGGGAUGCCUGGACUGCCCGGAGCCCCCGGGAAAGACGGGCACGAUGGCCUGCCAGGGCCCAAGGGGGAGCCAGGAAUCCCAGCCAUCCCUGGGACUCAAGGACCCAAGGGUCAGAAGGGAGAGCCUGGUAAGCCUGGCCAUUUGGGGAAAAAUGGCCCCAUGGGAGCCUCUGGGAUGCCAGGAGAUCAGGGCCCCAGGGGGCCUCCCGGGAUGCCAGGUGAUGAGGGCAGGUACAAGCAGAAGCACCAGUCAGUGUUCACAGUCACUCGGCAGACUUCCCUGUACCCAGCAGCCAAUGGCCUGGUCAAGUUCAACUCGGCCAUCACCAACCCCCAGGGGGAUUACGACCUCAGCACGGGCAAGUUCACCUGCAAAGUGCCGGGCCUCUAUUACUUUGUCUACCACACGUCACAGACGGCCAACCUGUGCGUGCACCUGUACCGCAGCGGCAGCAGGAUGACCACCUUCUGUGACCACCUGUCCAACAGCAAGCAGGUCAGCUCCGGAGGCGUGGCGCUGCAACUGCAGCUGGGCCAGGAGGUGUGGCUGGCCGUCAACGACUACAACGGCAUGGUGGGCACCGAGGGCUCUGACAGCGUCUUCUCCGGCUUCCUGCUCUUCCCCGACUAGAGCACCAGGCCAGCGCCAGCCCACAGCUGGCCACCUCCCUCCAUUCCCACAUCCCGGCUCAGACUAUUUUCCCUACCUGAUGGACUCCUCCUUCAGGAAGCCCACCUGACUCCCAACCCUCUCUGUUCCCUGCUCCUUCAGGAGUCAUUGCUUGUCCUGUUCUUUUGAUACUUAACUAGACUGUCAUUCACUUUUUUUGUUUCAGCUCUUGCAAGAAGCGGGGAGAUCUAUGAAUAAAUAAUUAGUCUGAUAAAUAUG